AUGAAGCUCGCGGUUCUGCUUGCGACUACUGCGGCGAUGCUAGCAUGGUGCGGCGUCCAACUCUACCAUGUUUUGCAAUCCCAGCAAUCAUGCGAGAUGACCUACAUGUAUGCGAAGUACGCUGCCGUCGAGAUGCCACCUGAGACAGCCGGCCUCAAGGUUUCAUCAUCUGGCCCCAACGGCUCAAUAGAGGUUUCCGCAGUCAUGAUGCAUACCGCUGCACCUACCUCGCCACUACCCGACUGGGCAAAGGAAUUCUCUACUGUGGCCAAUCGGGUUGUGGUUGCCGUGAAUAACUUGAGAAACUCCAGAUACCGACUAUGGCGGUACACGGGCGAUGACCAAGGGGCCAUGUGGACUCACACGCCGCACGGGGUAAUUAAUCUACCGAGGCGGCUCCUCAUCCACGUAGCUUUGGCAGACAACCUACCCCUGUAUUGCGGCCAUGCGAACGUGCGCGCGGCGAGCAUGACAUUGAACGGUGUAUCUUACUAUAAGCAGCGCCGCCUGACGGUCUCCCCGCUGGCUGGAAAACGUCUUGAUUGUUUGCUCGCAGAUGGUGCGCGGCGGGACUUGGGAUCCACUUGUCGUAUGGGGAAGAAUGUCUCAUGGCUCAAUUAUAAGCCGCAAGUUCUCAGAGCAAAAAUAUGUGAGCGCGAAGUCUUGGCCAAGUCGAUUGACGAGUUCAGGGACAAGUACAUUGACACCGGGGACGGGGACUGCGUAGCUUUGCCCAAGCCGGUUCGCUCGCUGGCCUCCGAAACCGCCCGCCGAAGCUCCCGUCUGGGAGUGCGCUUUUUGGACCCGGUGGACGUGAUCUGGUACAUGUUGGAUCUGGAGGGCGAGUGGUCGGCCUUCGACGGUGAUAUCCUGGAGAGACAUGUGAAGUUCACGUUAGCGGCAAUGAGGCACCUGGCAGCCAUCCACAACAUAAUCACCCCCAGUAGUGGUGGGGCCGCCGACACCAACACCCGCAGCACCACCACCGCGGGCUCGAGCGGAGGGCGCCGGCCUCUGCAGCUGCACCCGGGUCUGGUGGUGGUGGGACAUUCUAUGGGAGGAGUGGUGGCGGCGGAUGCACUGGCGCGAGCGGCAGAGGACCCGGAACUAGGUCCGUCCCUCGCCUCGCUGCUCGUGACGCUAGGCUCGCCCCACGUCCGACCACCUGCACCCGGACACCCGUCCCUCCAACGUUUCUACACGCGGGCAGCCGCCCGACCGCGCCCCGUGGUUCCCGUGGUGGCCAUCGCGGGAGGCGCCGCGGACGUCCAGCUAUCACUAAUUGCCCCUGCCGCCGCCGCCGCAACCAUAGCUUGGCGCUGGCACUACCUGUAUGCUCUCGUGGGACACUCGUGCCAAGACUGCAACCGCAAUGCAAAGGCGCCGGCCUGCUUAUCUUCCUGUCAGGCACUACUGGUAGAGCACCCACCAAUGCCCCCGGGAGAUCGCGGGAUCGAGACCUGUCAGGGUCGAAAAUCCUUCCGAUGGUGGAAGGUGGCGGCGGCGCUCACCGAUCCGGAAGGUCUUGCACCACAGACUGCUACUUACUCGCCGCACCACUGGCGGCGCGGGCCCGCAGCUCCCCUUCACUGUCCUUCCGCAGCGGCUGUUGUCCUGCAUGCUUUCACUGUACCAGGGGCUGCCAGGGGCUAUAUUCCGUUUUCCACCUCUGAUUAUUGGUGGUUCUUUGUGAUGCUCAUCUUUUGCUCGCCUUUAGGGCAGCUUCACUGCGGGUUUUGCUGUCGCCACAUCCCCUCUCCUUCCGUUGCCGACCCUGUCGUCGCUCUCAGGGCAUGUGGCGGCGGCUGGUUCUUUCCGAGCUGCCAGGCGGCUGGUGUCCCUCCCGCCACAACGGUCUGGUGUGGUGCAACCAGCUUGUGGUGGCAUUUGGGCAGGCGCUCGUGGAACUGGCACAGCCGUACAGCCGUGAAUUCCGCACCCCAUUUUGUGACGUCCCUUAUGCCGCACCUUUGUAAGGACGCAUUACCGGACCUGGCGGCGGUGCGCAAUGCAGCGGCUGCAGCGACCACCAGCAGCCGCCGUCUUACCCACGAAGAGGCAUCCGACCGCUCCGCCGCCGAAGCCCCGGCCGCCUGGGCGGCCGCACAUGGACUGGAUGCAGCGCGAAUCGUAACGGAAGGCCUUUCUCACGAUGAUGCCGUCGUACAGCCUCCUAAUACGGGGCGCUCCUGGGAUUGGGCAUUACGGCGGCUUGACCAGCACUUGGCACACCCUGCACAGUCGUACAUGGCGGCGGCAACUGUGGCAGCGGCGAUGCCGCCGUCGCCUGGCCUACGGCGCCAAACGCGACGGGCUCAGGGUGUGGGGAACGAUGGCCACAGCAGCAGAGUUGAUGGCAGUGGAGAGGGUACCGGGGGCAUCCAUGGGACGAAGGUCGACUCGGAGGAGAUGCCGGAGCGAGAAAGGAACGAUUUGGAGGGCGUGGGCGAAGCAGGGCCCUUGCUCCGGCUGGCUCAGCGGGCAUUGACGCCUUCAGCGGACGGCGGGGCGGCCUGUGGUGGCGCCAACUUGGCCUGGUAUUUACAGUACGGCGAUCCACAGCGGCUGAAGCCGGGCGAGGAUGGGCAGGCGACGCUACGUCUGCUGCCGAGUGACUUGGAGGGUGUUCCCGGCUGGGGCCGCAUGUACUCCUGGGAUCUGACGGACGGAACGGGACCCAUGGGUCGGCGCUUGGGUGAGGAGGGUCCCCGAGGCUGGGCAGCCGUUAUCUCCGGAUCCAACCCCUGUUCAGCGUUCCGAGCCUGGCUCAGUGUCACGGUGGACUAUGGCACGGUUACUGGCAGCCCUGCCGCAGCGACGGCGCCAGGUGAUCAAGGGAGUAAAUUGCAGGAGAAAUUGCAGACGGCAGCGCGGCGGGCGCUUCCCGCGCGCAGUCGGUCGGUGCGUCACGACGUGGAGGUGACGGGGUUUGCGGCGCCAUUGCCCGCGGUGUCCGCGGCGGGCGGAUGGCGAACUCGGCUGCAAAGUGAGUGGCAACUCAUCAACCAGGGCCGGGAGUACCAGUCGCGAGGUGGCUGGCUGCUGCUGCUGCCCAACUCGUUGGUGCUACCGCUGCUAGAGCGGACCGGCACACGGAACAGGGAGCAGGAAAACGCUACUGCUGGCGAUGGACAGGAGGCCGUGGUGGAAGUGCAGUUGACGGUUUGGUUAGCGGAGCCGUCGUACAAACCCGCAUUCAGCUUUGUAGCACAGACGCUGGCACCAGUGUCCGGAAGCGGCUCGGACGUGGCGGGACAUACAUCGCAACGACAUCCGGAGCCUCUACGUUUCUGCCUCCCGGAGGUUCCGAUGGGGCGACUGGUGGCCAUGGCCGGAAACCUGGGGAAGACCUGGCAGGCACCACCACCACCGUCACGGCCACUACCACCACAGCAGCGCCGGCAGCUGUUGGUCCCGUUAGAAGUGCCGUACUUGACUAGCAGCACGUACGAUAACCGGGCCCCUAACCCUGUGGCGGGUAUCCUGCGAUGGUUGGGGCUGUACAAAUACACUGCAGUACGAAUAACUCGUCUGGACGCGGAUGGGCAACCGGUAGUUGAGCUUCAAAGAAGUGGGAGCAGCAGCGGUGGCAGAGCUUGGGCAGACGCCAGAAGAGCAGAUGGCGGUGGCAGCGGCGGUGGCCGCGGCGCCGUGCAGUGUUUCUUCCCGACUGUUGUUCUUGUCGGCGGCGGUAAUUGUUCCUCUGGCACCCGCAUGGCAAGUCUCUUACGGAUCAGCACCAACCGCACCCUUCACAGCCUGGAGCCAUGCACGACCGACCCAUCAGGCUGUUCUUCCGUGACUGCGAUCCUGGAUCCAGCCUGCCAAUACAAACUGGACCUCGUGCCCUACAUGGUGGAGCGCCUGGGCCCCCUCCUGCUAGCCCACGUGGGGCACUUGUGGCUGUGGGCACAGCUGGCGGCGUUGAUGGCCGUGGCGGCGGCGGCGGAGGCAGUUUCGAGAUCGACGGCAGUGAUGGCAGCGAUUGCGAGGGAAGCACCAAGGCCUGUGGUGGCGGGGACAGUACCAAGCGGGCCGACUUCAGUAGUGAAGCGGUCGUCCUCGGAUUCCGUGAAGGAGCCGGCGGGAGGGCUAUCUUUGAGAGGCCGCUGGCGGUUUUGGAGCUGGAUCAUGAUCCCUUGGGAUGCUGUUGGCGUACUGCAGGUCUGGUUGCCAGGGCAAGGCGGAGGGCGGGCCCCGGCACUGUUUCUGAUCACCGCUGCUGUGGCCACCGUCGCCACCUCGUUGCUGCUGCACACUCCCUCGUGGCCACAGCCGCAUCUGCCUUCCGAGCUGCCGCACAAACUGCAGCCAGCCAACAGUGCCGAUGACAACGGUUUUGGUGAGAUCUGGAACCUCAUCCAGCGCCUAAGCACCCUCACUUGGCCUGCCUUACGGAAGACGGCCCAAGUAGCCGGUCUGUGCCCGCAGCCACACCUGCACAACUGUGGCUGGUCCGCCUUGUCAUCACGAGGAAUAAUGGGCCUGGGACUGCUAGCCCCUCUUGCCGCAUCGCUGUCACAGCAGAUGCCACUGGGGUUGCAAGGUCUGCUGGCUCCGUUACUGCCGGAUCAGCCACUGGUGGUCCUUCCUGAGGCAGCUGCAGGCGAGUUCCUCUCCGUCUUGGACCGGCUGGCCCUGGCGGCCACCUCGACACUGCUGGUCUGGCUGAUAGCGGCAAUCCUGCAGGGUGCCAUUGCAGCGGUGGCGAUCCCGGCAGCCUGUGCUGCAGCCUGCUCAAAACUGCUCGUCUGGCUGCUGUACAGCAUUCUUUAUUGGCCGUUGAUGCUCGUCGGACGUCUGCAUCGCAUUAUAAAAGCGCCAUUGAUGUUCCUCCGACGGCUGGUGCUCUGGCCAAAGGACAGGAGUUGCAGCACUGCUGCUGCUGCCGCCACCACUGCUUGGGAGGCGGCGGUGCGCCGCAUGAUGAUAUUGCUAGUGCCGCUGGCGGCCCUCACAGUUCUGUCGGGAGCACCGUCAGCGAUCCCCAGUCUGGUGCUGUUGGUGUCCGUCCUCAACCUGGCCAUGUCCCUCAGUGUUGGCCAGGUCACACCCCAACCGGGGCCAGCAGCUGCUGCAUCGACAGCCAUCCAGCUGGAGUCGGCGGCUUCCUUGCAGCUGGCGGAGCGGCGCUGCUAUGUGGCGUGGCUGCUGUACUACGCCACGUACGGCACCUGUGCUGCACCGGCGGCUGCAGCGGCCCUGCGGUGUGUGGUGCGGCGGCCGGGUGCUGUGGUUGACCUGUUCUCUGCUGUAGCCGGGGUAAUAGCGUGGGUCCUGGAGCGGUGGUGGGAAGGUCAGGGCCCACAGAUGGUCCAGUCAGGUGUACGGGGGGCGCAUGAAUCAAUGGUAAGAACUGCAGUAGCAGCACAUCCGCAUCUCGUCAAGCUUCUCUCCAGGCCAGUGCAGGCGCUGGCGUGGGGCCUAGAGACGAUGUAUAAAGGGAGGGGCAUUGAAGUGCUCCAUGAUGCACUGCAUGGGCCAAUGAGCACAGCGGCACCGGCCGUGGUAGCAUGGCCUCUCUCAGUUGGAGCAGCGGGGUAUGUCUUGGCAGCUGCACAUUGCAUGCUAUUAGCUUCGCAGGCUGCAGCCGGCAGGCCUUGCUCAAUGCUGAAGCUAUCCAAGUCCAAAGGUGCACAGUGGUGUGGGCGCUGCCAGGAGGGUGGGGAAGGGGUCCUUGAUUCCAUUGUGAGCACCAGCGCUUCCAACAUGCACUCGUGGAACGCCACCAUACCUUCUUAA